AUGGCCUCAGCAGCGACGAAGCGGGCCGUGCCCCAUCUCAUGACCCUGGCUGACAUCUCGCCCAGCCAGAUCAACCGCAUUCUCAUCCACGCACACUACCUCAAGCACGUCUCGCUGCCAUGGCUCGCGCCCCAGACCAAGACGCCAGAUGGCAAGACGCCAAAGUUGCGCAUGCCGUCGCAGUCGCUGUUCAAUAAGUCCAUCGCACUACUAUUCUCAAAACGCAGCACGCGGACGCGAGUGUCCGCGGAGACCGCCACGACGUUGCUCGGUGGGCGUGCGCUGUUCCUCGGAAGAGAGGACAUCCAGCUGGGGGUGAAUGAGACUGUCCGAGACUCUGCCCGAGUCAUUGGAGGCAUGUGCCAGGGCAUCUUUGCGAGAGUAGGAGACCACGAGGAGAUUGAGGAGCUGGCAAAAUACUCCCCUGUCCCAGUCUUGAAUGCGCUCUCGUCGCUCUGGCACCCCACCCAAGUCCUCGCAGACCUACUCACCCUGCACGAGCACCCAUACUUCCUUGCCGAGGGCGCCGCAUUGGAGAUCCCAACAGGGAAAAAGCGCACGAUCGCGGGACAGCUUCCCUCGCUACGGCCGCUCACCGUCGCGUACGUCGGUGAUUCCGCGAACGUGCUGCACGACAUGCUGGUGACGUACCCGCGCAUGGGACACAAGCUGCGCAUCGCGAGCCCUGAGCACGCGCGGUACCGCGCGCCGAAGCCGGUCUGGGACCGCGUCGUUGAACUUGAGUGCGACAAAAACAUUUUCUGGACAAAGGACCCCCGCGAGGCGGUACAGGGCGCAGAUCUGGUCGCAACGGACACUUGGAUAUCCAUGGGCCAGGAGGCAGAAAAGGAGCAGCGCCUCAAGGACUUCUCGGGCUACCAGAUUACCGAGCAAUUAUGCAGGGAGGGUGGUGCGAAGGAGGACUGGAAGUUCAUGCAUUGCUUACCGCGGAAGUCUGACGAAGUUGAUGACGAGGUGUUCUACGGCCCGCGCUCGUUGGUGUUCGAGGAGUCUGACAAUCGCAAAUGGACCAUCAUGGCGCUCUUCGAUCUGCUUUUCGGCAAGUGGACUCUCACACGGCCUUCAGAGUCGACAAACCUAUGA